AUGCAAACGGCAGGCAUACGGAGUCUGCUAGAGCCAGAAUAUGAGUUUGAAUUUGUGGAGGGCCGGUGGCCUCACUUAGAGGGGAACUGGUCUCUGCAUACAGUCGACUUUUCAAAGUCAAAUCUGUAUGGGUUCUACAAUAUGUUGGACAUCGAGGAUAUUCUGGCCACCGAGAACGAGCUGCGUCAGGUCAUAGAGGAACAUGGUCCAUUCGAUGAGAACCCAUACGCCACACCCCAGGAGUUACCGAUCAAAUUCCUGGUGCUCAUCAACAGCGCCGUGCCGCCUUACAUCAUGCCGUUGGAUGGGGAAGAGGUCACGGACAUACCGAUUGAAGAGGCGCCAAAGCUGCAGAUGCUAUUUGAUGUCUUCAAAGCGAACCCGGCUGACCACCUGGAUAAAGCGCGGCCAGCGAAGCUUUCCAAUGGCCGACAGGUUCUUGCAAAUAGCACGCACUACAUGACUUUUUUUGACGAGACCUGGGAUGGUCAUAUUCUUUCCAUGCCUUCGCUGCACAUUACCGGCCUGGGCGAUGCCCCAGAAUACGGCCAGCAACUGUUUGACAUUGCCGAACCAAGUCAAGCGGAGCAUAUUGGGCAUGUCUUCGGGCACGACUUUCCACGAGGGCUUGAUAUGAACAAGACCAUUGCCAGGUCGAUCAGGGCAAUGGUGGAGAAAGCUCUGUAG